UGCCUGGUGCAGCACAAAAGAAAACGAACCAGGUGUGACCCGCGCGUGCCUCUUUCCUGUGUAUCCACGUGUUUGCUGUUCAUUCGAACAUCAACGCACCUUGCACCAACGGAUGUACAUAUGUCCCCGAAGAAACGCAGCUCAUCAAAAGAUAUGUUCUUGAAAACAUCCGAACCGAUAAGAAAUGCCAUCUGUCUGUACAUACCUCUCCUGCUUCUGAUCAGCGCAUGUAUGCCACUGUUUUUCAUCAUAAUUCCUCGUUCAAAAGCAUUCCGUAAUGUGGCCGAGAUUACAACUGUUGUUUAUGGAACUGCACAGGACGACACCAAACUAGACCAUGAAGGUAUCAGCAUCCCACUGCGGUCACAUGGACUCUUCGAACGUGAGAGUGUUCGUCAUAAGGGCAAGAGUGUCAACACUUCUCGUAUUCGUAGUUCACAUACUGUGGCCAAAUCUCUACCCAGCAUUAUUCCCACCGUGCACCAGGGCGACAAAGAACCAGUGCAUAGACCAAGUCACUCGAGCAGGCGCCACCAGCGUCAUCGAUGGAAUAAAACUCCCCGCGCCACCACGACCACGAUAACCAGCAUGCGGAAUCUACAUAGGCACGCCAAGGUAAUCAGCCGUCGUCGGGGGAGGAGCUCUUCGUUUCCGAACACAACUAUACGUCUAGCAGUCCCCGGUAGCACCGUACGAGAGCACGUCACCGUCUCCACUUCCUAUGAAGGAAUUAAUACGACACAGUUACUAAUUUUCGACAAUACUUCGACAGCUCUAUCGGCAGGAAGAAGUUCGAAUUCUGUUACAGGAAGUUACGACAUAUCGAUGUCUGAUGGCAUCAUCAAAACCAUAUCCUCUACAACUGCUUUGAAGGACAUGAUGACCGUGGACUCGAUUAGUAUUGGGGAAUUCCAUAUCGUGCCGCUGUCGGCCGAGGUAUCUGAUGACAGCGUACAGACCAACAGCUCAGCGACCCGUGCUAUGAGCAGUCCUGAAGGCGUGACAGCUGAAGAGUCGAGCAGGCACACACCCGAACUUGCUACAGGACAAGCUGUACGGGCCACUGAGGACCUCAACAAUAGUCAAAACUGGGUAGACCGGAGUCCGGCUCGUGUGAGCGGAGAUGCAUUUCGCUUUGACAAGGACCCGGUGACAGACACGAAACUUAAUAUAUCUUCAAGUACGCAAGCCGUGAUUGGUGAUGAAGGACAUUUUGGAAGGAGCACACCUCUUACUAACCUCAGUGAGCGAAGUCCGAUGACCAUUCUGUAUGAGAGCGAGUGGAAUUACACGGCUAAUACCGGAAGUCAUGCUGGAGAACAACAUAAAACGUUAUUAGGGAGACACCCACGGGAGAAUCUUCGGGAUGCCUUGCCUGUUUCGUCGGGCACUAGUUUCAUAAAUAGCACCAAUACCUCUGGCGCUGAGGACGUUACUCGAACUAUAUCCUUACCAUCACCGUCGCUGUUUUCGGUUUCGCGCUUGGCUACGUCGCAGCUUACGAAUCAUCCUCCCGUUCCUAACCCACCAGCGUCUUCGACUAUCCCUAAUCGACCGACAGCGCCGUUGAAUUUGACGUUGGCCGAACUUUACAACUGGACGACAGCUGCUUCUGAAGGAAACGCUACGCGCAGCGAAUCUGAAGAAAAUGUUAUAAAAAGUUUCAGCGCCAAUAUCUUUGACGGCACUGACUGGACUUCAUCCUCAAGGAUUUCUAGUACGAACCAAUCAAGUUGCCAGUCCAAUUGCGUAUCAUUCUCCCCCAGCAGCAUUUCACGUUCUGCUUCUUCAGCUUCAUUACUCAGUACCUUCAGGGCCUCUCCCAGUACGUCACAGACUGCAUCGCCGCUGUUAGGAAACGCAUCAAUAGGACUGCGCUCGCAGUCUGCAUUAUACGCUGCAUUUAGCUUCGCAACAUCAGAAGCAACAUCGCCGGCGUCAUUACAACAUCGUACGUUUCCUUCGACGUCGACAAUGACGGCUACAACGUCACCGUCCGGAGAGACGCAGGGAAGAUCCGAACGUUUUCCAGCUCUAGAAACCAGUAGAGAGAUUGCAUACAGCGAUACAACAACGAUGUACGCUACCUCUGCCAGUCAGUACUUAAGACAAGGGGCCUCAACGACGGAUCGCAGUUCCACGACGAAAGCUGUGGAGAAGAAGAGAGACAUUCCGCUAGGAAUACCAUUGAAUAACACUAACGAUGUCGCAGGUAAUAAUACGGGAGACGAUCAUGGUGUUCGAUUUAUGCAAUUCAAUGGCACGAAAGAUGCCAACACAUCUGACGGUCACUAUAAUUACUACUACUACUACGACGACGACAAUCACACGCAUCACAACGAUACUGUGUACUACUACAUUGACAGCGACGGUGCCGAUGCUGAUGCUUUGCGCACCGAUUUGGAUGGUUAUUCUCAAGAAGCAAGCAGGAGUGAUGCGAGUUCCUCUAGCCCACGAUCGCCAACCCAUGGUGUUGUCGACACUGCAUCACACGUUGAAGCGAAAUCAUCGUCGGUGCAACGGAAGGUAUCGAUAGCAGCGGAUGCAUCAAGCUCUGUAAGCCAGAACCUGUUUAGAAAAUUGAAGGAUUCAACGGGUGGGCCCAAUGACACCACAUUAUCUAGUGCUCCGCCGAGGAGUACUCAUGCACCGCCGCCAGGCAAGAGUUCAUUGACGUCUUCUCAAAGCACAGUUGCGUCUAUGACAACAGAUUAUUCGUCAGCUCCAGGAGGAGAUAUAUCCGUGUCAUCGCUUACAACGCAGACCUUCCGGUCGGUAAUGUUAUAUACUUCAACUCUUUCAACGCAAGUCUUGACCAAUACGCCGCCUAGUAUUUCCCAGCAGAAAAAAAUGGAGGUGGUGACGUCAACGUCAUCUGUUCCACCGUCGUCACCAAGAGGUUCGGUACAUUCGGCAACUGAGACCAUGUCGUCUGCGCGAUUGAAGACAGCAGCCGUCGAGGGCACAAGGCAUAAGACUUUACUGCAAGGCCCACGUAUUAAUCUCGUGCCACAGUCGACAAGGGGUCCUGUGCCCCAAAGGUCUGGUCGUCACACAUCGACAGCGUUUGAACGCAAUGGCGAACUUGCAAGACGCGGACAGCAGACUAUGGCUGUUUCUGAGAGAGAAAGGACGUUGGUAACAGCAAUUCCUGUCGAACUUACGCCACAAGGACACACAAGUUUCAAGCCACAGGGUCGAGCUCUUCCCCAGGCGCCAUCUCUGUUCUGUACCUUACCUUCCACAUACAAAGGACCAUACCCUGUCCAUUUGUGCGACAGAAUCCUUAUCAAAGAUCUUAUCCUGUUUGAUCAAAGACACGUCAAGUUAUCUGUGCGGUCGUACGAUGUGCACUUGAGCCUGAAGCGCCUCCGGGAGAGCGUAUCUUUUAAAAUACUGGGUCUACUUGCAUCUAAUACAAUUGAAGCGUUUCGCAUGCAAAAUCCAUCCCGGGAUAAUUUCGUGGACGCGUUGGAACGGCUGCUCCUUCGCAUCACUUUGGACGGGCUCUGCUUUGACCUGGAUGCCGUUACGAGAGCUAGUCUUGCCGAUUACAGGCAUAUACUCAAAGAUAUCCGUGUGAAAUUAUACGACAAGCUACUCUGCACUGUCUUCAGCUACAUGGCACGCGUGAAACUUCCUUCGAAGCACCUUAUUUCAUUGCUUAGGUUAUUCAAUACAUCCAUCAUUCACCAGGACUAUCGGCUCAUAUCACCUAUGGAAGCAACCGUUCCAAAUCCUCUGCGGCGCAAUGAGUCGACAAAGUUCUCAUUGACUGCGGCACUGCGCAUGUCGGUCGAAAUCCGUGGUCCCUCGAGACGAAAGAGUAUCUGUCUGCCGUUGUCACUGCGGGGAACGCAGUAUGACCUCCUUCUUCCCAAAGAGAGUCGUGAUAUCGGCGCCAUCGCUCGCUUCGUGAAAACACCUGUCAGUGCCGAUGCGAUCUGCACAAGAUACAAGCAUUGGCCCAGGGUCUACGACAACGCAACGGGGUCCUGGUAUAUUUCAGAGGGCACCAAAUGGAUUGGAUUCGACGAUGCCGCCUCUUUGAAACGGAAGGUGCCGGCACUACUGGAAAGGUUCCGACCGGACUGCGUGUUCUUAGAUGAUGUGCAUCUGGACGACCCCAAUGGCAGGUGUGCCAGCGGAGCCUUCCCGCAGACGACCGCUGUCCUUGGUAUUUUCAACGAAACGUUACGAAGCAUGAAGUCUUACUCCCCUUGGAAUAAAUUUGCAUAGUA